CGUUUUAAUGUGUCAUUCACCUAAAAUUUUCAACAAAAAAAAAAAAAAAUUACGUUUCAAAAUCUUCAAACAGGUUCAAAAUGGUUGGGGAGAAAAAAAAUUGGCUAACUUCACGUGCGGCAUGUUUAGAUAAAGAGGAACUCUUCCGUAUUUCAAAAUUAACGCAUAUUUGUAAAAAAUUCCGGUGAUAUCAUACAAAUGUUUUUGAUUAGAAUAAUAAAGUGUCGAUCCACCUUCUCCUUUCCUAAUCAAUCAUUGAAAUUGAUGAGGAUUCUUCUUAUUUGACAACAUUUUGCAAUUUAUAUUGAUUGAAUUUAAACAAAAAAAUGACAUCGUUUAGUGAAAAUAUUGACACUUCACUGACGGAUUCAUCUCCUUGCAAACAAAUGUCCUCGGAGAAGAAAUCCUUUACAUCAAAAGACUCAUGUCAAGAAAAUGUCAAAUUUCGGAGUGAUAAAAUUGAAAAAUCACCUAAUGAUAAAAAGGAAUAUAGAGGCCUUAUAUUAUCGAAUGAAAUGAAAGUUUUGUUAAUUAGCGAUCCAACAACGGAUAAAAGUGCUGCAGCACUUGAUGUUCAAGUUGGUCAUCUAAGUGAUCCUAAAGAGAUACAAGGAUUAGCUCAUUUUUGCGAACAUAUGUUAUUCCUAGGAACGAAAAAAUAUCCCGAACAAAAUGAAUAUCACACUUAUCUUUCGCAAAACGGUGGUCACUCAAAUGCCUUGACAUAUCCCGAUAAUACGUGCUAUUAUUUUGAUAUUAAUACUGAUAAUCUUGAGGAUGCGUUGGAUCGUUUUGCACAAUUUUUUCUCGAACCUCUAUUUACAGAAUCAAAUACUGAACGUGAAAUGAAAGCAGUUAAUUCGGAGCAUGAGAAAAAUUUGGCAAAUGAUACAUGGCGUUUAAAUCAACUUGAUAAAUCAUCGGCAAAUUUAAAUCAUCCUUAUUCACAAUUUGGUUCUGGUAGUUUAGAGACUCUUGAUAUUAUGCCAAAACAAAAAAAUAUUGACGUUCGUCAGGAAUUACUUAAUUUUCACAAUAAAUGGUAUUCCUCAAAUAUUAUGGCACUCAGCGUUCUUGGAAAAGAGAGUUUGGACGAUUUGGAAAAAAUGGUUGUAAAAUUGUUCUCUAAUAUAGAAAAUAAAAACAUUGAUGCUCCCAAAUGGACGGAACAUCCAUUUAGUGAAGAACAAUUUCAAUGUAAAUGGUACGUUGUACCAAUCAAGGAUGUAAGAAAUUUGGGUAUAACUUUCUAUAUUCCGGAUUUACAGGAAUAUUAUCGAUCUUCUCCUGCGAGUUAUUUGUCACAUUUAUUGGGACACGAAGGAGAAGGAUCAUUGCUUUCGUUUUUGAAAGCCAAAGGCUGGUGUAAUUCAUUGGUAUCUGGUGGAAAAGCAGGUGCUCGAGGUUUCUGUUUUUUUAACGUCUGCGUCGAUCUCACGGAAGAAGGACUCAAUCAUAUUGAUGAUAUUAUUAAAUUAGUAUUCCAAUAUAUUAAUAUGAUUAAAAAAGAGGGACCUUUGGAACGAUUAUAUAAUGAAAAUAGAGACAUCGCGCAAAUGAAUUUCCGUUUUAAAGAGAAAUCAUCACCUUGUAGCUAUGUGCAUUUUAUAGCAAAAACAUUGCCAGAGUAUCCAAUUGAAGAAAUAUUAACAGCUACAUCAUUAUUUUUUGAAUGGAAACCGGAUCUUAUUGAAAUGGUUCUUGGUUAUUUAAUACCGGAAAAUAUUCGAGUUCACAUAAUAGCUCAAGCUUAUGAGAAUAUUACAACGGACGUUGAGCCAUGGUAUAAGACAAAAUAUAAAAAAGAAAAAAUACCCGCAAAUAUUAUUAAAGAAUGGAAAAAUGCUGGUUUUAAUUCCGAUUUGAAAUUGCCAGCUAACAAUGAAUUUAUUCCAACAAAAUUUGAUUUAAAACUUGAGAAUUCUGUCAUAGAUAAAUAUCCAAAAAUAAUUGAAGAUACUCCGUUAAUGAGAGUAUGGUUUAAACAAGAUGAUGAAUAUCGUUUACCAAAAGCAAAUAUAACAUUUGACUUUGUCAGUCCACUCGCUUAUAUCGAUCCAGGAAGUUGCAAUAAUACCUAUAUGUUUGUGCAAUUAUUUCGUGAUGCAUUAAACGAAUAUACCUAUUCUGCCGAAUUGGCUGGUUUAAAAUACGAGCUCAAUAAUAGUAAAUAUGGAAUAAACCUCUCCAUUGGUGGAUACGAUCAUAAACAACUUGUUUUAUUGGAAAAAGUAAUGGAUAAAAUGAUGAAUUUCAAAAUUGAUGAAAAAAGAUUUGAAAUCUUGAAAGAAAACUAUAUCAGAGGUUUAAAAAAUUUCGAUGCUGAACAACCGUAUCAACAUGCAGUUUACUAUCUCUCAGUAUUAUUAUUGGAACAAGUUUGGGUUACACAUGAUUUACUAGACGCAUGUGCUCAAUUAACGGUUGAAAGCGUACGCGAUUUUAUACCACAGCUACUUUCGAAAAUACAUGUAGAAAGUUUGAUUCAUGGAAAUAUUACUAAAGAUGAAGCACUGAAAAUUGCGUCCUUUGUAGAAUCAAAAUUAACCAGCCCUAAUGAUUCUAAUAAUGGAAAUAUCAUACCAUUGUUGCCUAUGCAAUUAGUUCUGUUUCGUGAAGUUAGUUUAGAGCGAGGCUCACAUUUUUUGUAUGAAACGGAAAAUAAAUUACACAAACCAUCAUGCACGGAAAUUUACUAUCAAACUGGAUUACAAUCGACUGAAUCAAAUAUGCUUCUUGAAUUAUUUUCACAAAUAAUUUCGGAACCUUGUUUCACAGUUUUGAGAACUGAUGAACAAUUGGGAUACAUUGUGUGGAGUGGAUUGCGAAGAACGAAUGGCACCCAAGGUUUAAGAUUGAUUGUACAAAGCGAUAAACAUCCUGAAUACGUUGAAGAACGAAUGGACAUAUUUAUGAAAUCGAUGCAGGAUCAUAUUAAAAACAUGUCAGAUGAAGAAUUCAACAAACAUAAAGAAUCACUCGCUGUUAAUCGACUCGAAAAGCCAAAGAUAAUGUCAACAUUGUCCUCUAUUUUCUGGCAUGAAAUUUCAUCUCAGUUGUACAAUUUCGAUCGAGUAAAUAUCGAAGUUGCAUAUUUGCGAACAAUAACGAAGGAACAGAUACUUAAAUUUUACGAGGAUUACAUAAACGAUAAUUCACAGUUUAGACAAAAAUUAUCGGUUCAUGUUAUUUCAAUGGCAGAAGGUGGCAGUGGAUUGCAAGAGGAAACUGGAGCAACAAAGAAAAAUGAAGAUCAACAACCAAUUCGAAUUACUGAUAUUGUUGCUUUCAAAGCAAAUCAUUCGCUAUAUCCACUUGCGCAACCAUUUGACAAUAUUCCAAGAAAAGGGACACGAUCGAAAUUAUAAAGUUUUUUUUAAUGCAAGUAUUCUAAAAAAAAAACUAAAUUAGCAGCAUUUACAAAAAUUAAUCAAUUUUUAACGAGAUUUUUCAAUAUCUUUUUAGAUUUAUAUUUGCACGAAAUCGUUUAUAUUUUCCCGAUUUUUUUUACACGAACAAAAAUUACAUAUUGCGGUUCAAUUUUUUUAAAAUUUUUAUUUAAGUAAAACAAAAAUCUUGUUGAGAUGAAAAGAAACAUGUUAUUUUUUUUAAUUUCUCAAUUGCAGGAUAAAAAAUUUUUUCAUAAUUUAUGCAUAAUAUUAACAUAAUUAUUUUAAAUAGCAAAAUGUUAGUAAUUCCCUAGUUUUUAUUAAAAAAUUAAAUUCAAUUUAAUACUAAAUUGUAAACAAUUAUUUUUUUCUUAAUCAAAUUAUUUUUUUAGAGAAAUGAAUUAAUUUGCAAUAUUUUUCUUGCACUUAUAUAUUAUUGCUAUAUUUAAUUUGAAAUUGUAUACAAUGAAAAUGAAUUUUUGCAAUUUUUUUUUUUAAAAUGUAUUUAUUGAUUACCUAAAGAAAUGUUAAUUUUUAAAUAGCUACUUGUUUUUGUUUUAAAUGAAAAAUCUCUUCUUUUUUCUUAAAAAAUAAUUUUUAAAAAAGAGAAUAGAAUAAAUCAUAGAUAAAUGAAAAUAUUAUGUCAAAGAUUAGUAUUCGAGUUAUUUUAAAAAAGAUUUUUUCUCACAAAAUAUUAUAAAAGAAAAAUAAGUGACACAAGGAUGGAGAAGAAAAAUUUCAAGGAGACAAAAUUUUUUAAAUAAAAUAUGUACAAAAUUAAUAUUUUUCAUUUUAUCAUUUUAAAAACAGGAAAAAAAUGUCUCACUUUUUUGUGACUGAAUAAAGAAAAAUCAUAAGGAAAUAUUUUUUUGCAAAAACCAAUGAAAGAAACGACAGGUAUAAAUUUCGACAAUGUUAUCUCUUAAAAAACAGGGAAAACAAUGUAAAAAAAAAGAAAUAAAUAAAAUUGGUCGCAAUGUUUGUUUUUUGAAAUUAAAUUUUACAUUAUGUGUGAUUUAAUAAAUUUUUCAUAUUUGAAUCAAAUGAGAAAAAUUUUUAUUUAAAUAACAAUUUGCAAUUUAUUUAUUAUUAAAAUAAUAUUAAAUUAAAAAUGUUUAGAUGAAAUUCACUGGAAAACGCAAAUUCUCAAAAUAUGCAUAAAAAAUAAAAAACUUUACAAUCUUCAUAGAUAUAAGUCUAUUUAAAUACAACUCUGUAUAAUCUUUUUUUUCUACUCUUAAAAAAAUUCUAAUAAUUUAUUUUUUCAAUUUAUUUACUGAUUGAUUAUGAAUCUGAUUACAUAGAAAUUUAUGUCUCAGAAUCUAUCAAAAUUAAAAAUUAAUCAUCCGGAAAAAAUACAAUUGGUACCUUUCGAGAAGAUUAAUGUGAUGUUGAAGAUUUAAUUCUUCGAAAAUAGUAACUUUUGUAUCCUAUUUCUUUAGUGACUAGAUAAAUUCUCUUUAAGAAAAUUUUUCAUUAUUAUUAUUAUUAUUAUUAUUAUUAUUAUUAUUAUUCACAAAAAAUAAUUAAUUAAUUUUCAGAAAAAAUCGAAAUUUCUAAAAUAGAGGAAGAAAAUUAUGGACCAAAAAAAAAGUCUCUUGGAGAAUUGUAAUAUUUUUUUAAUUAUUUAAUUUUGAUAAUAUUAUUUAUCAAUUUUCAUUCUUUACAGGAAAGUUGACAAUUUGUUCUUUAAAUAAAAAUAAAACGAGAUUUAAUUGCAGGAAAAAAAACAAGAGAGCAAUAAAAAAAAAUGAUCCAGGAUGAUCACAUUCCUAUAUAGAUCUCUGUGUGGAAGGAGAAUUAAUCAUAUAGUUAAAACGAGUCAAGUACUUAUAUAUAAAACAUGAAACUCCAAGAUUGGACAAUCAUAUACUUCAGAGUUUUUGUUAAGUUCACCUCGCGCGCACAGAGAAUUUGAGAGAAGUGAAAUCAUGACAAGCAAAAUAAUCUUCACACUU